AUGAGUGGACAAGGCAGUCCAACUGCCACCUCGUCGGUUAACCCGCUAUUGGCCGCGGCCAAAGUGGGUGCCCUGAGUGGCGCCGCGGGAUUGAUCUAUGGAGGAGCAGCGGGUGUCAUUCGAUCACCCAAUCCUAUGAUACACUCGCUCUCCUGCGGUAUCCACUGGUUUGCAUGCGGUUCAACCUAUUGGUGGAUGCGAAGCAAUAUUAUCACACUUCAUUAUCGAGAUAAUGCAUCCCCGCAGGAGCGAGCAUAUGUCAGUGCCCUCUGUGGUGGUAUCUCCGGCGGAGUAGUGACCAGGGUCAUGGGAGGUCGAUUGGUACCCGGCCUAGUUAUUUUCUCUCUGCUCGGCUACGGCGGACAAAGUGCCUUCAACUAUGUUGACAAGUGGCAAAUGGAAAGGGCCCAGAACCCUUCCAAGCCGUUUCUGCAGCGGAUGGCCGAGUCAAAAUACAUUCCACUCCGACAUCUGUCCGAUGAGGAGUAUCGGGGGAUGUUGAGUGAGAAGUUACUCGGCAUCGAGGCCGAGAUUGCUCUCCUUGACGAGAAGAUUGAGGAUUUAGAGAAGACUCGACCAAAUCCUAUCUCUACCAGCAUCAACAGCAAUAAGUGA